GUUGGGUGCUCUCAGGCACAGAGGAGCGUGCAGGACGCAGAUGAGCGACGCGGUGAUUCGGUGACACAUGUCCGCCUGAGCACGCUCUCACUGCGGCUUCCACUCUCCAUUCACCGGAGGUUGGCCACAGAGGAGGGGGAGGCUGGACACUGGGACGCUGAGAGACGCUCCAGCAGCAGCGACCACGAUUAAGCAACCGAGGCAGCUCUGGAGAGACCGGGGAGCUCAGGCACUGCUGAUCGGAGAUUUCCUCUUGUGUGACUGAGGGUUUUUGUCCCUACCGGGCCGCCGUAGCCAUGGGAGAGAAUGUGUCCAAGCGACUGAAGCUUAUCACGUCUUCGGAGGCGGAGAUGGAGGAGCGCUCGUUUCCAAACCGCUUCCCUGACUGGGACCAGCGGGCCGUCACCUCCAACUCAGGAGCGGACGUAGAUUACAAUGAUCCGUUUGACGAAGAGGGAAAGGUGAACACAGCAUUCCAGAAUAAAGUCCAGAAUAAGAUCAAAGAUCUCCUCCAGCAGAUGGAGGAGGGCCUGAAGACUGCUGACCCACAUGACUUCUCCACCUACACUGGCUGGACAGGUAUUGCCUUGCUGUACCUGCAGCUGCACCGGGUGUCCCAGGAGGCCUCCCACCUGCAGAGGGCACUUGACUAUGUGAAGAGGGCCAUGAGGAUCCUGAAUAGCCGCAAAGUAACGUUCCUGUGUGGCGAUGCAGGGCCACUGGCAGUCGGCGCGGUGGUCCAUCACAAACUCAACAACACUGCUGACAGCAAAGACUGCCUCUCUCGACUCCUCCAGCUGCAGAGGUCAGUGCUGAGUCCAGACUCUGAGAUGCCAGACGAACUGUUGUACGGCCGGGCUGGCUACCUCUAUGCUCUGCUCUACAUUAACAAAGAGAUCGGAGCUAACACGGUGGAUGACAGCACCAUUACAAAGGUGGUGACGUCCAUUGUGGAAUCGGGGAAGACCAUGUCCGCAGAUCAAAAGAAGACAGAACGCUGUCCCCUGCUGUAUGAAUGGCACAAAAAGCAGUACAUCGGUGCUGCUCAUGGCCUCGCAGGAAUCUAUUACACACUCAUGCAGCCAGAAGCAAAGGUCCCAGCAGACAUCCUAUCUGAGUUGGUGCGUCCCAGCAUUGACUAUGUCCGCCACAAGAAGUUUCGCUCGGGGAACUUCCCAUCCUCCCUGAGCAACGAGAGCGACCGCCUGGUCCACUGGUGUCACGGAGCACCUGGGGUUGUCCAUAUGCUCAUCAUGGCUCAUAAGAUCUUCAAAGAGGAGAAGUACUUGAAGGAAGCUGCAGAAUGUGCAGAGGUGAUCUGGCAUCGCGGCCUGCUCAGAAAAGGCUACGGCAUCUGUCACGGCACCGCGGGCAAUGGCUACACCUUCCUUACUCUAUACAAGAUCACCAAGGACAAGAAAUACCUGUACCGGGCCUGCAGGUUUGCUGAGUGGUGUUUGGACUAUGGCACCCACGGCUGUCGCAUCCCAGACAGACCCUACUCUCUUUUUGAAGGUAUGGCAGGGGCCAUCCACUACCUUUCAGAGAUGGCGAGCCCUGAAACUUCCUGUUUCCCUGCCUUUGAACUUUGACCUGGCCACUGACAGGACUGAGGGCGGUGAAGGGGGCCAGGGACCAACUGUUUUACUGAAACACUGAGCAAGGAUAUAUUUGUGUUAUAGCUUUCAACUGUGGUCAUCAUUGAUUAGUUAAAAAACUGGACUGAGGCUGAAUGAAGAUGAGACAGUAACUGGGCGAAGUGCAAAUCAAAGAAAUAUCCAGAAAGAUGAAGGGAAGAUUUUCCUUUUGGACAAAACUACAGGUUGAACCUUUUUUUCGAUCCAAGCAAAACAAAAGCAGCGAAUGGAUCGGACAGGAUGGUGUGGAUUGAUGAUUCCCCUCUUCAGGAUGGGCCCCUGCUUCCUGUGGGCCUAUCAUAGGAACUAUGCGGGUCCCGUGUCGUCCUCCUGCAGUGCACUGUGUUAUAGUAAAGACAUGGACCCCAUGAGCCCCCUUCACACCAAUUCUAUUGUUGCCAGGUGGCACAGACACAGAGGAACACUCUCUUAGCCCACAGCCUUUAAUAUCGUUGCACUGAGGCCAAGAAUGAGGGUCUGGGUCUGUAUGUGUCCGUGUGUGUGUCUGUCUGUGUGUAUCUGUGUGUUUGUGUACUUUUGUCUUUGUGAGGACAAGUUUGACUAUUAGACCCUACAUAGAGGACAUUUUUGCUUGUCCUCACAGUCUGCCACAUAGUUAAAUGGCUGUCAGAGGGUUAAAGGAAUAGUUCACCAAGAAAUUAAAAUUCACUCAUUAUCUACUCACCCCUAUAAGUGGUUGAAGUGUUUGAGUCCACAAAAAACUGUUGAGGUAGUAACAGCGUAGCUUAUUAGUGACUUAUCUUUAGACGUAAUAAAAAAUUAAAAUAAAACCUACAUGCCUCAAUACUGCUCAUGGGGUGUCAUAUGAGACUGGAAGCCCCGACAUUCAUAAUAGACAUGAAACAUGCUGUUUCAAGCCUAAAAGUGCAACAGAAGUGCCUGAGCGGGUGUACAUUGGCCUUUUCGACGCUCCCUGAAUCCUCGGAAGAUAUCGGAGCGCAUUUAGGCUAAAAACAGGCUGAAAAUGAUACAGUUUUAGCGUAACAAUUAGGUUAGGUAAGGGAAGGGAAACUGAGCCUGUCUCCUCUGGAUAUUCACAGGAGGUGCACUGUCCUUCCCCUUGGAUGCUACCUCCUCUGGUCCAAGGGACGCUGACAAGGACGACUAUGUCUACUGGCAUAGCGAACUGUGGUCCACUCCUCAUCAUCAAAAAUAGUCAUUAUUGAGAAUCAAGUUGAGGUCGGGGGGAGGGUUAUAAUAAGAAGAGAGGCCUUAUGUCAAUGAGUGUCCUCAGAAAGAUAGAAGUAGAAGUGUGUAUGUGUAUGACUGUGUGUUUUGAUAUCUCUGCCUCUGCAUGCUCACUGUUGAUGCUUUAUGAUCCCUCAUAUCUCAGUGUCAGUGUGGUGAUUUCUCCUCUUUCUGUAUUUGUAGGUGUGCUGUUGCAGUUUACUGGGUAUUUGUCACAUUGUGGGAAAGUGAAGAAAACAUUCUCCCAUCAUUCAUUCUAUUGAGAAACCAGCUUUGUGUGGAGAUGACUACAAAUGAGUGUGAAGGCUGCUGGGUCCCAACGUAAAGAAAGUCAAACAUUAACUGUCAGUUUACAACACUGAUCAUAUGAGGAUGCUAUUAAGACUCGAUUGCUAACAGUAGCACAGAUUCAAGCAGCAUUGCUUCUUGCGUGUUGUUUGAGUACGUGCUGAGUCAUGAGCAGAUCAUGCACACUCACUGUUGUGUCUGUUCCACAUUAUCCAACAGAGGGCAGUGUGAUUGGUGUCUUUCCUUUAAGGUUUGUAAUGGUGGUGAUAACAUUUGCUCAUAUUGUGAAAACUCACAAUUUUCACUGAAGAAGAGAGUACACAAGUCAAAACAAACGCAUGAAAUAAGUUUAAUUUAAACUUAACAAAAUAAAAACUGAUGUUGUGAAGAAGCAUGUGAUUUUGGGAGUUCCAAACCAACAUUAACAUAAUUGCAUUCAGCUUCUCCAAGUUCAAAUUCCUUCAGUGUUCAUGGUUCAAGACAUUUUAAAUAAAAGUUGGACUAUAGGUACUAGUUAAAAUACCUUUUGUUUCUAUUGAUAUAACAUCUGCAGAAACCUGGUGAGGUAAGCUUCUAGCUUACAGCAUGCAUUAGCUCUUGCUUUGGUAUCAGUGCAUUUUGAAAAUAAAUUCAUCACUGGUUGGUAUUGUUACUCAUGAUUUUGGGUACAAAAUAUUAUGACGUGAUGGAUAAAAAUUUACAGCGAGGAAGAGUCAAGGUUUUCACUUUGUCAGUGUUAUUUCACAGGUAAAGGAACAAUCUUUAAAGUUUUGCAACCAUAAGAUUCUAAUCCUGUUUUCUUUCGCAAAUACCGCUCGCUUAAGUUCCUUUUUUUACUUCUACUGAUCUAAUGCACAUGAACAGCUGAGGAACUUGACAUCUGCUUUGUGUACGUUCAUGGAGUUCUGCUGAAAAUAAACUAGACAUGGAGAUGUUGAAGCGUAUUGGCCUAUAAAUAAUUAGGCCACACCCUAACCCUAACCCUAAGAUAUGUAUGCCCCAACUUAACUAUUGUGUUUAUCACAUAUAGGAACAAGACCGGAGGCGGGGUGUACAGUAUGCACAGUCUUAUUAAUAGUUAAGAUUGUUGACUCAAAUACAUUUUGGUUCUGAUCAUUACAUUAGUGUAACACCACUGGAAUAUUAUGUUAGGCAUAGUUUGAUGUUUUAAGUUAUUUUUGUUAGCAGACAUGUUUAGACCCACAUCAACACCCCAAAGUAAAGUUAGAAUUACUGCUCUGAGUUUAGAUGGUUGCCAUGGUUUCAACAUGGAGUUGAAAUUACGCCUGUACAUAAUAUCCAAUAAUUCCGACAGCACAUGGAUGCACAUAAAUGCCUAAUUCUCUUGCAUAGAUCUUGUCAUGAAUUUCAUUGCAUGAGGAUAAUGUGACGUGUUAAACCAUGUCGGUGUUUCUAGGUUCCUUGGUCCAGUUUUGUGGGUUUGAUGGUGAAUCGUGUCCUGGUCCCAGCAGAAGGGGGCAUCAGAACAGAUGUGUUCAGUGUUUGACCUUUGCCCCUGUCUAUGUAUUUGAUUUGAGCCUUGUUGUCAUUAUAUGAAUGAGUAUGUUUCUUAAGUCUUCAUUAAGCUUGUUUGUCUUAAUUGUUCUUAUUGCUUUCUCUUUGGCUCAGACAGUGGGGAAUAAAAUGAGUAGAGUA